AGAAGUUCACAUAGAGCAUGGAGAUCUGCUAUCUUUUAUGGUUCUGGAAUGUUGUAUACGUUUACGAAGCCAUGAAUCUUGUGUAUGUUAGCUAAUCAUACACGACUGGAAAUAAUGACUUGCUGAUGUCAUAAUCCAAGUUUUUUAAUAAUAUGUCCACUUGUUAUAUGCUUGUCUGUUGAUUCUUUAUCAAUCAACCACGAGUGACCCCUCUUCAAUAUUACUGCGGAUAGAUCUCUUCUAGAUGUCACAGGAAAUGGGAUUAGGUACCUUGAUACCAAAUAUUACAAAUAAGACUGAGUUUGGUUCAUUCCGGUCCUUGACCUAUCGAUUAGAGUCACAUGUUAGAUUACAACAUGAUGGUCUAAUUAUAUUUCGCAUAGCUACUUUUCUACAAGUUCGCAGUUCUUAUUGUUUUCCAAAAUAGACUUAUGAUUCUCUUACACGCAUAGCUUGAACAACACAUUUUUAGCCUGUCUACCAUGUUUCAAUAAUAUCUAAUUCGGGCAAAUGCUCCAACAUAAUUCUGAAACGUGACAUACAAAAAGUUACUUUCAGUCACACUUUUUUCUUUCUUUUCCAUUGUGUUAGUUUCUUCUGAUGUCUCAAAAGUUGGCCAACCCCACAAUCUUUUUUUCUCAAAACAAUUAUAGUUAGUAAUUGGUGAUUGGGUGAAUGGUAUCUAUCAGUCAAAUGCGUGUCAGUCUAAUAUUCAAGAUAUUGAUCCUACCAGAUCAUAUUAGUAUCCACGUGGCGCAAGCCGAGAUAUGGCUUAGAGGAGGGGCCUUUCCCUUUACUGCAUAUGGCUCGUGACUUUGUUUUCUCCUUAAGUGAUUAAUCCACUUUGUGUUGAGACUUUCAAGCUCAGCCAUUACGAUAGACUUGAUGGUUCCUCUCUUCUUUUGCAGUUCUGGUUCCCAGACUUUGUCUGCUCAAUUUCUAAGUCUUUUUGGAUGUCUUUUCGCGUUAUCUCAAGUCUUUUUCUUACUCAUGUUACAUACUUACUUUCUAUCUAGUGCAGUUGGUGAGGAAUUGGCUCCACUUACCAGUUACCACGUGAAUAUAGUUUGAUAAGAUCGUCCCUUUUAGACUUGAUGUUUGAUCAGUCAUUUUUUUGAAAGAUUUACCUUUCACUAAUAUAAAAUUUCAACGAUUUACUAGUUCAUUGAACUUAUUAGCACAUAUGCUUUAUACUUUGAAUCUUGUUAAUCAAGUUUCCUCAUUUAUUUCUCUUUAGUUUCAGAAAAUCACUCAAAACAUAUCUUCUAAAGUGACCCUACUCUUUCAGAAAUUGUUCUACGAGGUAAUUAUUAAUCCCUUUUUAUAUUAUUUCCUCAUUUUUCUGUUAUAGUUUGUGCCCACUAAUACACAAGCUUAUAUCUAAAUUACUCGUUCACAUAUGAUCAUUGAUAUUAAUUAUUCUAUUUUUUUGUCUAACGUAAUAGUUUUCCUUGACCUUAAUUAUAGAAAAACACUAGAGUUAUAUGGGGUGUAACAUUAUGCCUUUGAAAUGAUUGUGUUAAUAACUUUAUGCAAAUGCCUAUCUUUCUCCAUAUUACUCAAUGGGCUUCAGAGAAGACUGAUUUGUCACAAACUGAUUUACUCUCUAUAUAUUGUGUGACGGUAUGCUGAUCUAUUUCUCUGUAGAAAUGUAGCUUUCUUAGUGAUGUAAGAGUUCUGAUCAAAUCUUGAAGCUGCGCGUGCCGAAAAUGGUCAUUGUCAUGAACCUAAGGGAUCAUUUAGCCUUACACUUCAUUUCCUUUUGAAACCUUUUUUUUUAAUCUUUGCAUUCAGAAUUAUAACUUGUGAUUUUAUGAAACGUAAAGUCUCUUCCACAUGUGUGUAUAUAAAAGAAAUCAACUGUUGUUUUCAUAUACCCCCCUCCCCCUCAUGACUAGUUGCAGCACAUAAAUGUCACAGUUCUCUCUUUACAUUAAAAUAAUCUAAAAAUUUUAGGUUAAAAUCUAAAGUAGUUUUGAAACUUAUUAGGACGGUUAAGUAGUAAAAAAAAGUGGUGUAUCUAGUGAGCUUGACUAGUGUGUUAAACCAAUAGACUACAACAGUUUGUCUUUGAUAUGAAGUUGUAACAUUAAGAUGUUAUACAUAAAAAGUUUUGUAAGACUUUGUUUCCCCACAAAGUGAAAUUUCAAGAUGCAGCCCAUAGAUUUGCAAUCCCGGACAUAUAAUAUGAUUUAAGCAGGAAUUAUGCCAACUUUACAUUGGAAUUUAACCUGUUCGGAUCCAAAUACAAUUUUUAAAGGGAGAAAAUAAUAAUAAUAAUAAUAAUUAGAUGAAAAAUGGGGUUUGUUUGUCUCAUCAUGCGUUUGACAAGCCAGCGACCUUAUAGUUUUAGCUCUCUUCCAUGUUUAGUUAGAAAAAAAAAACAUACGGUACAGUAAGCUAUAACUGUAAAAUUUUAUAUGAACUUUAGAUUUUAAAACAAACUUUGGAGAUUUUAUGCAAAGUCUCUUCUUUUAAAGUAAUACACGAAAGCGUUUAGUACACUAGUGUUAAAUGAUCGAACAUGCAUUUUUAUUAUAAGUUGAACCAUCUAUCGUUUUUCUCUAUGUAGAUUUGAUCAUGCAUUUAACCAUAUAUAUAUUACGCCUAAAAAUUGUGCACUUAUGAAUAGUUAGCUAGGCCAAUUGUGCAGUCUUUUAGUAUAUGAUGAAUGAAGAUGUAUCAGACAAAAAGGAAUCACGCAAGUAGAAAACCAAAAAAAAAAGGGAAUAGUAAAUUAUGUAAAAAACAGAAAAUAAUAAAGAUUCUAAGUAAAAUACAACGUUGAGUAGAUGGUUGAUUUUUUUGUGGGGGAAAACAUAGUAGAUAUUUAAUUUAACUAAUAAUAAUUAAAAGAACUAUUUUGGUAUAUUAGACCUUUUUUAAAAGUGACCCUAUAUUAUGUUUAUAUAUAUAGUUGAAGCGUACGUCCCUUGUGUUUAGACAUGAUUGGCAACUAGCAACAAGAAUUUAUAAAUAUAUACACUAGGUUGAAUUAUGAGUUUCUUAGCUAAUAAAUUAGGCGUGGCGUUAAUUCAUGAUAUUUCAAGAUCUAUUUUUUGCUAAUUAUAAAAGUAAAAUCUAUUUGAUUAUGUUUUCGCAUAUAAUAUUUGAAUAGAAAACAUCAACAAUAGUCCGUCAAUAGCUUCUUUAAUACAUAGUUUUUACUUUGGAUUCAUAGCCAAAUACGAAGAUAUGUACUUUCAUAUAAACAUAAAUACAAGAGGUAAGCUAAUCAUUCCCACAAGACAAGAGAAAAAGGUGAUUAGAUGUAUAUAAUAUGGUGCGUUGAAUAUAAACCACAUAAUUUAUUAUUAAUAUAUGAAAGUUUGUUUUGUUCACUGAAUUGGUCUUCUUUUGGUUUCCUGAUCCUCCAACAAUAGGAUUUUUUUUGCCUUGGAUAUAGUAUUAAGAAGACAAGGACAAGUGCCACGUUUCUAUAAUAGUGUAAAUAAAUGAUCGUUAACAAAUCUUAAUGUAUGGUUCUGGCGCUCAGAAAAGGUUAUGUGCAGUAUACUUGUUGUUCAUUACUCCUACGGGGCUGAGGUUCUGCAGUUCUAACAGCACUAAAAAAAUAUACAUAUCACUUAUGUUUAAAAUUUAAGUACACACCUACUCUUACUCACAAUUUGUGGAUCAACAAAAUUAGUUGGUUUAAACAAAAUUAAAGAAUUACAUGAUAAUACGAUUAACAAACUAUAGGUUGAAUUAUUCGAUACAAAUAUUUGUCUUUACAUUUAAAAUAAUAUUUUGUGUUUGUGUUAUGCAAUUUUUUUUGGCAUCUUGUGUUAUGCAAUUAUAGUUAAAUGUUUGCAAAAUCAUUAGAAUAUAGUUCUAUUAUGGUCAAUACAAUAAUUUUGUAUAUAAACGUAAAAUCAAGUACUUUGACAUAACACACAAGAAAAAAUGUUAGCGCCUAGAAUGUAAAGAUAAGUAUGAUUUUAAACUUUGUAUAGUAACUUGUGAGACUAAGACUGAUGUUUGUAUGCAUUUACGUUUACAUUUUAGUGUGUGUAAAGAAUUAUUAGCAAGUUUCGUCUUGUUCUUUUCUUUUAAAUCUUUCCCACUCGUUUGUAAAUCCUCAUUGUUUCCAAUAAUUUAACAUUACCAAAAAGAUCCUUAUACGUUUAGACGAAUCUAAGCAUAGAACAACAAAACACAAUCUUAUAGAUACGUCCUAGGGAUAACGCAAGGUGUGGCCAAUGAGACUCAUUCCUAAAAUUAUAUAUUUUUAAUAUUAAAUAGAAAGCAAAUUAUUCUGAAGUUUUUUUCCUUUAACGAAUUGUGGUCCACAUUUGGAUACACUAGUACACAACUUGGAAAAGAAAGCUAUAAAAAAAUUAUAUAUAGUGUAUGUUAUUAACAUUUCGAACUAAAUUCUAAUCGGCCAAAACACAUUCAUUAACAGGGCAAACUAAGUUGUUUUCUUCACCUAAAUAGACACCUAAUUUGUUUCCUUACUCUAAAUAGUAAAUAUGCUGAAUUCUAAUCGGCUAAAACACAUUCUUUAACAGACAAACUAAGUUGUUUUCUUCCCCUAAAUAGACAUCUAAAUUGUUUUCUUACCAUAAAUAGUAAAUAAGCUAAAGUCUAAUCGGCUAAAACACAAUCAUUAACAGACAAACUAAGUUGUUUUCUUCCCCUAAAUAGGCACCUGAUUUGUUUUCUUACCUUAAAUAGUAAAUAGAGAACUUUAAACAAGUAAAAAGGAUAUAGUGUUGAAGAUUUGCUUCGAAGAUCUCUUUGCAUUAAUUAACUCAAAAAUAAAAUGAUAUUAGAAAUAGAAUUCUACUAUGAUAUUUCUUUGGUGAUAGUGGAACUUAGGCAUAUGCAUUCCGGUGUCCAAUCGGGUUCGGGUUCGCUACAGAUUCUAUUUGGUUUCAGUUUUUUGAGGGCAUAAAAUUUAGUUUCAUUCAGAUAGUUUAAAAGUGUGGUUUGGAUUCGGUUUAAUUUCUUUUGAAUUUAGUUCAUGUAUAGUAAAACAUUGUAAAUCCGGUUGAACUCGUUUUAAAUUCGGGAUUGGUUCUAAUUUGGGUUUCGGUUAUCAAAAUACUUUCUAUGACUCGAAAUUACACGCUUUACUUCUAAAACUUGGGAAAAUUGAACAAAUUACACUAACAAAAGUUUGACGCCAUGAUUCAGAAGUGGUUGUUAAGAAUAUAUAAACAUAACCAAGUUAAAACUAACAACAAAUAACUUUAAAGUGUAAGAAAUAUUAUUUAAACUUCAAAAAGAAACAUUUUGUAAACUUCGGAAGCAAAACUUUUCAUAAUCAAACUUUAUAUGAAACUACCAAAACACUAUAAACUCAGUAUUUACCAAACAUAUAUAGUAAACUUAGUAUUUAAUUAAUUAUUCAUGUAAUAGAUAAUUAUUGUAGGUAUUCAAUAGGUUCUCUGACUAUUUUAGAUAUUUAUUUGAGAUUAGAUUUGAGUUUGAUAGAUUUUUUUUUGCUUUUGAAAUUUUAGGAUUUUUGCAUGUAUAUGUUUGAGUUUCAGUACGGUACGUGUAAAACUCAAAAUCAGAAAUAGCAUAGAAUAAGAAGCAUUCAGAUAUAUCUCAGAUUCAGUUUGGUUCGGCUUUAUUUUUUGCUCAGUUUGGUUCGGAUUUUUGGGUUUGUUUUUUGUCCAUCGUUAGUGGAAGUCAUAUGGUUUACAACUCUCUUUUUUUUUGGUAAAAUAAAGGUUUACAACUUAUAAUACGAGAUAUAUAGGAAAUUGGAAAGUAAACUAAAAGCCAAAAAUAAAUAAAAUAAAACUUAAAAAAUGAAAACUGAAGGAGCAAGAAAGAAGGCAUAUAUAGUUUUCUGAAACAAAAGAAAGAAAACAACACAUCACUGCAGAAAAAGGUUUCUCUAUAAUAAUAGAAGACAAGAGAAACCUAAUGUCAAUGAAGUAGCCAAUGAGCCCAACUCCACAAUCACCACCUCUACAUUCUAUCUUGGGACCAUCUCCUCUCUCUAAUAUCAAAUAACUUGAAAUUGAGAUAUCUAAUUAUAUCCGGUUUAUACCAUAAUGUUUGCUUCUUGAAUUGAAAAAAAAAACAUAGAGAUUCAUAUAUCACAUAAGAGUAAUGAUUAAAUACGUUUGUGGAGGUUAACCUUAUGUUUUUUUUGCGGUAAUGGUGGUGGUUUAAUAUCAUAUUCUGCGCAUCAUGAUGCCACUUAAACAGUCUUAAUGCCCAACUAGCUUCUUAUUGCAAUCUUUUGAGUGGAAAGUGACACUACAUUGAGACCUGAAAGAAAAAACUCGACAAGGCUGACAUAAACAACUAAAAAGAAUUCAACCACAUAACAAUAAACCUUUACAAAGAAAGCAAACAACAGCUUAGUGCCACUAAAUUGAUAGAAUGUCAAUAAUGUUUCUGUACGGAAAUGGACUCAUUUGGGUCUACUGAGAUUCAUGGUGUUCUUUGACAACGUCAUUGAUCCUCUACAACAAGAAACAUGAGAGAUAUACACAGAACUCAUGUUAACCGGAAAAGGUCAGUUUUUUCACGAUUAUGACCGGUUAAGUGUAACAUAAAGAAAGGGAAUCUGUCUAUUGUGCCACUAGACUAAAAUGCUCUGUUAUGUUUAUGUCUAGAUAGAGAAGAAAGAGUAUCUUCUUCUGUGUACCUGUUCACUACAUCAACAAAGCUAUUGUGAGCUACGAUUACAAAAACAAAGGUGAUUUUAGCCAAUGCGUCUAAUAAUUGGGACAGUACAAUCAUGAAAAUAUAAAAACAAUAAAGCAAAUAGAAUGUAACACUACACCAUGAAAAAAAAAGAAGCAAAAAAGGAGCAAUGAUGCUUAGACCACUGGUUUAGAUUGCACACAAAGUCACUAUACAAAGGGUAGUUAUUCACUGCAAAUCUAUUGAUAUAAUUGGUCACUAUAAACUUUUUGCUUCAUAGCCUCGUUAAGAUAUGAACCUUUCAGUGUACAACACUCCUGCUCAAAUGAGCAACAUAAUCAACUUAUAUAUUUAUUGGCGGUGCCUCCUUUGUUCAAACUGUCACUCGACUGCCCACAUAACAAUCUUCUUCAGCUUUGCUUCCAACUGUGUAUGCAACGCCCCCUACAUCUUUCAAUCACACAACAAAAAGAACAUGACGUAUAUGAUUAGAAGACACAACAUACACAUAUCUUUAUUGCAAGUACCACAGUGGCAUUGAUUUUUCAAUUUUUCUCUCUUUGAGCUGUCCUAUUAUAUGCCCACUUCAAUAUGUCAUGUUGGCACUUAUGGCAAGAGAAGAUACGCAUGAAUAGCACCGCUCAAAGCCAUGAUGAAAACAAGAAUAUGCAACAAGAUUAUUAUUUUCUCCAAAGAAUCUGGAAUAAGUAAAUAUUUGGUUACAUUAUAUGUUACAGACAGCUCUGCAUCCAUCCUGCAAGGACUAGUAGCCAAUGGUUGAUGUUUUGGUCCUAAGGGGUAACUUAGUUCCAAGCUUAAUAGUCAAACUCAAAUACUGCAAGAACUGACAAGAUAAACUGAUGCAAAAUGGUACAAUUCAAUAAGCAUGAUCCAAUGAAGUCACUAGACUGAGUGUAGAGAGUGGUCGGCAAGAUUCUCUUCCCAGGGCCGGUUCAAUGGUGUCAUGGACCCUGGCAAAAAAAAAUUAAUUUUUAAACUAUUAUUUUUUAAAAAAAAUCUGAUAAAUAUAUGUUUUUGUUCAAAAUACCAGAAAUAUUUUUAAAAAUAAAUCUAUAGAAAUAAAAAAAAAACUUUCGUAUAAAAAAAUUAGACCCCUUUUCUUAUUUUUAAUAUAAAAAUACAUAUAUUUUUUUUUUUAAAAUCAGGUCCUUAUAUAUUAAAAAAUAGUGAGACAACGGAUUGGGACCAGGACGGUUGCACCCACUCGCCCCCUGUCUAAGCCGGCCCUGUCUCUUCCCUCAGACUUAGCUCAAGUACCAUAAGACCCAAGUAGGGGCCCUACUGUACCAUGAGACCCAAGAAGAAAAACACAUGCAGUUAAACAAAUGUUUUAACCUUUUAUGCAGGAAACCUUGGCAGGGUGAGACUGGUGAUGUGAAUUAUUGACCUAACAUAUAUAAAAAGGUUAUGAAAUAGGAGUUAGAAAACCUUUAUAAUAACUAUCAUCCAAUAAAAUAUUCAAAGCAAAGUAUUAAAAAAUGCCAUAAAUAUUUUCAACUAAACUAAUCAUUUAUUUUUAUUAUAUAUUUUAAUAACUAUUAACCAAUAAUAUUUAAUCUAUUUAAAUAUUCUCAGUUAAUGUAUUUAAUAUUAUACAAGUUAUUAAUUUCAACCACUAAAAAUUCUUUAACAAUCUAGAAAAUCAACUUUGUGGAACAAAAAAAACAAACUUUAUGUGAUGCAGUAUUAAUUAAAAGCAAGACAAAAGUAAUGUCAGUACAGCUAUGUAGUGAACACAAGUAUAUGACUGUACCGCCCAAAACCUUUCCUUUAAAUUCUCUUCUCUACCUCUGUUUUCUUUCUUCCUGAGAGUGCUCUAAACCUUUUACCUCUACUUCUCCCUUAUCAUCCCUCAGUUUCGCUCAAGAGAGAAAAAAAUGGGAUCAACUUUCCUCAGAAUCUUUAUGAUCUUGGUUCUGAGUUGCAUACCAGGUAGAACCAAUCUUUGUUCCAAUCCUUCUGUUAGUACCCCAAAAGAUUUACCUCCUUCAGUUAUUCGUUCCUCAUUAGAUUCUCUCGACUUGGAAGGUUACAUCACCUUCCAUGACGUCCACAAUGCGUCCAAGGACUUUGGCAACAGAUACCACUUACCACCUCUGGCGAUUCUCCAUCCGAGAUCAGCUUCUGAUAUUUCAACAGUGAUGAGGCAUAUAGUACGCUCCACAUCAAAUCUUACAGUAGCAGCCAGAGGCCAUGGUCACUCGCUUCAAGGACAAGCUCUAGCUCAUCAAGGUGUUGUCAUCAACAUGGAGUCACUUCUUCCAAGUCAUGAUAUCAAGAUUUACAAAGGGAAACAACCUUAUGUAGAUGUCUCAGGUGGUGAGUUAUGGAUUGAUAUUCUACGUGAGACUCUAAGAUACGGUCUUUCACCAAAGUCUUGGACAGACUAUCUUCAUUUAACUGUUGGAGGUACUCUAUCAAACGCUGGAAUCAGUGGUCAAGCGUUUAAGCAUGGACCUCAAAUCAACAACGUUUAUCAGCUAGAGAUUGUCACAGGGAAAGGAGAAGUAGUGACCUGUUCUGAGAAGCGAAACUCUGAACUUUUCCAGAGUGUUCUUGGUGGGCUUGGACAGUUUGGGAUAAUCACCCGGGCAAGGAUCUCUCUUGGACCAGCACCGCUUAUGGUUAAAUGGAUCAGAACACUCUACUCAGACUUCUCUGCAUUUUCAAGAGACCAAGAACAUUUGAUUUCAAAAAAGAAUGCUUUCGACUACGUGGAAGGAUUUGUGAUAAUCAACAGAACAGACAUCCUCAACAACUGGAGAUCUUCAUUCACUCCCAACGACUCCACAGAGGCAAGCCAAUUCAAGUCAGAUGGAAAAACUCUGUAUUGCCUAGAAGUGGUGAAAUAUUUCAACUCAGAAGAAGCUCACUCUAUGAAUCAGGAAAUGGAGAAGUUACUUUCAGAGUUGAGUUAUAUUCAAUCCACUUUGUUCUCAUCUGAAGUGCCAUAUAUCGAGUUUUUAGACCGCGUGCACAUUGCUGAGAUCAAACUGAGAGAAAAGGGUUUAUGGGAGGUUCCACAUCCCUGGCUGAAUCUCCUAAUUCCCAAAAGCCGCAUUUUCGAAUUUGCUACAAAAGUAUUCAACAACAUUGUGACUAGCAACCACAAUGGACCUACCCUUAUUUAUCCAGUCAAUCAAUCUAAAUGGAACAAACAUACGUCUUUGAUCACUCCUAAUGAAGAUAUCUUCUACCUCGUGGCCUUUCUCCCAUCUGCAAUCCCAAAACCCUCAGGGGAAAGUGAUUUAGAGUACCUUUUAAGACAAAACCAAAGAGUGCUUAGCUUCUGUGCAGAAGCUAACUUGGAUGUGAAGCAGUAUUUGCCUCACUACGAAACUCAAAAAGAGUGGAGAUCACACUUUGGAAACAGAUGGGAAACGUUUGCAAAGAGGAAACACAAGUACGAUCCUCUGGCGGUUCUAGCACCUGGUCAGAGAAUUUUCCAAAGGGUGUCGUCACAAGUAUCUUCCAUCCAACUUCUCUAAAGACAAAAAACGCAAAACAGUAGUUGUGUAAAGAGGCAAGUGUUCCUUGUAACGGCUUCAGCUAGGCAGCUAAGAGAGUGAAAUUCUUUUUUUUUUUUUCCUUCCAUUUCCUUUUCAUUUUAAAUGUUAUUGUAGAUUUGUGCACAUAUAUUAAAACAAUAUAUUUAAUUUUGUAUA